AUGAGUACGAAGAGCUUCUUCUGUGAGGUGACCAAGGAUGCGCUGUGCUUACCCUGCUGCCAGUCGAAGGCGCACGUGACUCAUGGGCACUGCUCCAUUGAGUGGAUGGCUGAGGAAUACCGGCAAAAACUUCUGAAGCAGAUGCGGUCUGUGUGGGAAAAGACACAAGAAAAUAAAAGAAAUCUAAACAGAGAAACUAGCAAAGUCAGGAUGUGGGAGGGUUAUGUGACUCUGUGGAGGAAGAUGAUCUUUGCUGAAUAUUGGAAGAUGUGCCCCUUGGGCGACCACGAAGAGACACGUUAUUUAGAGAGAAUAGAGGAGGAAAGCAAGGAGAUUUUUCAACAACUUAAGGAAAGUCAACACAAUAUGGAUGUGAAGGGGCAACUCUUAAGAGGGAUAUACGAGGAGCUGAAGGAAUUGUGCCGCAGACCAGACAUGGACCUGCUCCAGGGUUUUGAAACCGUGUUGGAAAAGAGUGAGUCAGCGCAGCUGCACAUGCCCCAGCCUCUAGUCCCAGAGUUCGGUUCAUGUCCCAGGCCCGGACUGAUAAACUGGCUCGACCAAUUCCAAGUGUAUGUUGCCUUGGAUAAUGAAACAGUCACUUGUCAAGUCCCUCUGUUUGAAGAUCUGAGACGUCUGCUGUCUGAUCGUCCUGAUGUCGCCAACAAUCCAACAAGAUCUAAAUAUUUUCUUGCGUGGGGAGCUGAGUCAUUCACUUCCGGUCAACACUACUGGGAAGUGGAUGUGGCAGACUGUGCUAACUGGGCGAUUGGAUUUUGUAAUGAUUCUUGGACAAGGAAGAAUGACAUGGUGGUUGACUCGGAAGGAAUUUUUCUCCUUUUUUGUAUCAAAGAGAACAAUCAGUGCCAUCUCUUUACCUCCUCCCCACUAUUACCUCAAUAUGUCAAAAGGCCUCUCGGCCAUGUGGGGGUGUUCCUGGAUUAUGAAGGUGGUGUAGUGAGCUUUGUCAAUGUGGCCAGGAGUUCCCUCAUUUGUAGUUUUCUCUCAUGCUCCUUCUCGUCUCCUCUCAAGCCUUUUCUUUGCUCUGGACACCCAUGAUUGGGGACAAGUCAGAAAUUCGACCACAGGCGUCAGGAUGUCAAUGACUGGGAUCACUAAGUU